AUGGAACAAGAAUUAUUUAAACCAAACCAAUCUUAUCAUCACUUAAAUAAUAAUUUCAAAGACAAAGACUUUAAUGUUGGUAGUGAUAAUAAUAACAACAUUAAUAACAAUGAAAACAAUAAAGUGUCCUUUACUAUAAGCAGAAAUGAAAGCGACUUUUCAUUUUUUUUCUCCUCUUUAGAGCUAGCCAACUCAAGUGUAUCAAUGGUCGAGUUAGAGCCACCAAGUAGAUCUGAUAGCAUAGAGCAUGUUCAUAGCAAUAAUGAAGAGGAAGGGGAAGAUUAUGAAGAAGAAUUUUAUAAUCAACAAUUUCAAGAAACAUUUUCAAGUAUUUUUACCAAUCAAAAUGGUUCUAAUUUCAAAGAUAGUACAACUACCUUUCAAAACAUUGAAGAUUUAUUAAAAGAAGAUAAUGAUUCAAUAUUAUUAACAAACUCCACAAAAUCUGCAACUACACCAUCAAGUUCAAGUGAUACUGACAUCUCUUUUGAAAAAGUAAAACUUAAGGUAUACAACUCUAUAAUUAGUGAUCAGCAAACUGGGUCCAAUGCAAACAUCACUGAUAAAGAAUUUGCCAAUACUGUUGUCAAUUCAUUUGAAGAAACUCCAGAGUGCUGGGAGUAUUUGGUUAAUUGUGUAGAUGAUGCAUCAAACAAUUUAGUUAUUCAAGAAUGCCUUGUAGACCAAAAUGAACAAGAGCAAGAUCAAGAGCAGGAGAAAGAGAAAGAAAAAGAGAAAGAUAUACAACUUGGAAGUGAAAAAAAGAACCUUGGCAAUAUUAAUAAAAAUAAGACUAGCUUCGAUCCAUCAAAUUUAAAUUAUAAUAAUAUUGUAGAUUUUUUGGAUACUAAAGAAAUUUCAUUAUCAACACCAAUUUCACCAUUAAAUUUAAACACUUGUAAUAAUGAGAAUAGUAAUUGCAAUAAUAAUAAAUCACCAGUAAUAACACUAUCACCAUUAAAUUUAAAUAUUUCCCAACCAUCACCCAAAAAAAAAAUCUCCCCAAUACCAUCACCAUCUCUCAUUGAAAAAAAAUUAUCUACAUCAAUGAAUGAAAUAUUAAAACCUAACAAUAGUAUUAAUGGCAUUAACAACAAUACCAAUAACAAUGAUGAUAAUUUUUGUAAAAGUAAUAAUAGAGUUGACAUGGGUUUUGAAUAUCAAGACUUUAAGAAAUCAUUUAAUUUUGAUGUAAUAUCACCACUUCCAUACAAGAAUUUAUCUGCGUCUUGCCCAUCUGUCCCAGUUUCCCCACCUUCAAUUAAAUCUCAACAACAGAAACCAAAUAUAGUUUUAGGUGAACCUGUAGUCCCCAAUCUUUCCUCAAAGGUUUCCUUAGUAGGUGAUGGAAUCGUUAAUGUAGAUGGAAACUAUUUUUAUAACGAACAAUUAUACCAACUUCAAGAAUUAAAAAAAAAAACCCACCAAUCAAAUGUUCACAAUGUUACACCAUACCCAACUAUAAACCCCCCUAAAAUACCUUUAAACAACUAUUCUUUAUUUUCUUCUUUUGGUGUAAAUCCAAUAACAGAUUUUUUUAUUAUGAACUCAUCCCAACAUCCACCAUUACAAGAAAUAAACCAAAUAAAAGCUCAACAACAACAACAACAACAGCAACAUCAAUUACAACAACAACAGCAAAAACAAUUACAACAAUUACAACAAUUGCAACAACAACAAAUAUUACAACAUGUUAACUUCAAUGUAAACGGUUGUAACAAUAGCAACAAUAACAUUAAAAACAACUUAAAUUAUUUAAAUAAUAAUUUUAAUAACGCUAAUAAUAUUAACAAAAAUCAAAAUAGUAUUAAUAACCAAAAUAUUAAAAAUAUUAACUUAAAUUUAAACAAAAGCAAUAUAAACAAUAGCACAAUGAAUAAGCAGAGCAAUUAUAAUAGCACCAAUAAUAUUUCAUCAUCCCCAAAUAGACCAUUAAACUACAACGGAAAUAUGUUUAAUGUUUCAAACAAUAAUAAUAACUUUAACAAAAACAUUUCAAAUUUAUUACCAAAACAAAACAAUACCAGCAAUAACAAUAUAAAUUAUAAUAGUAUGAACCUUAAUAAUAUUAACUACAACAGCCAUCAACUCACCCAGAAUGUUGGUAACAUUGGAAAUACUUUAAACCAAAACAUUAAUAAUCCAAUUAAUAAUAUGUAUAAUUUUAACAUUCCAAACAAUUUCCAACCAAACAAAUUAAAUUCCAGUAUGGUUAGAAAAGAUAUACCAAUCAAAAAUUCUACAUAUAUCUAUGUUCCACAAGCCAUUGCUUUACAAAGAUCACAGAAUUACCAUUCACAAGUCUACAAUUAAGAGUAAUCCUUUUUUUUUUUAAAUUAGUUUUAAAUUUUUAGUUUUUAUGU